AUGUCAACGGAAGUUAUAGAUCUGGAUAAUAUUGAUAUUAAUGAUGAGUUGAAGAAAUAUGCGUCUACAGAGCAAGAAGUGUUCGAAACUAGUGAUAAUGAUGAAAGCUUGAGCUCAAAUGAAUUGGAUCGAAGUAAUAACGUAAUGGUAUCAGCAGAGCCAAUUGGAUCUUUGGACGAUACUAGAGCGAUAUUUGAGCACAAUGUACUCUCUGGGCAUGUGGAUUACUCUGGUAGGAUUGAUAAGGUUGGAUUAUCAUAUAAAUCACAUAACAUUGAAGAAACGGUUGAACAAAAGCUGGCUCGAAUCAAGCGGGAAAUAUAUGAAUUACAGCUAUCCAAAGAGGCUGCUAAUGAACACAAGGAUGAAGUUGAUGAGCUUGUUAAGUUAUUUUCAAAGCUAGAGCAAGAUCGGACUCAAAACAUGCGGGAUAUCAAACAUCGGCUAGUUUUGGAUACUAAGGAAAGCGAUACAGUAUCACUACCAUCCGUGAAAAUAGAAACUACUCACUACCAAAAGUUGGUGGAACUGGAUGCUAAGUUGGCCGAUCUUGAAGUUUACGUUGGAGACAAGUACUUUACAAAUAAGUCCAUCACUACAAGUUUCAAUGAAUUAUUCCAUAAGGUCAGUUUGCUAGAACAAAAUGAAGAGCUACUAUCCAAUUUCAGUAGUGCUAUGAAAAGAAUUAGCAAAGAAUAUGAAGAAUCAAUUAUCGGCCGCAGGGCAGCUAAAGAUAUCACUUUACAGCGACAUAUUUCAGAACAACUAGUUACUACAGAUACAAAAGUGGCUGAAAUUUACAAGUCCUAUAACCUUCUGAAAAAGUACAGUGAGAGCUUACCGCACAUAAUUGAUCGACUUAAGUCGUUGAACGAUUUGCACCGGCAGGCUAAAGACACUUGUGACACUGUCCAUACCGUCAAUGAUAGUAUUUCCUACCUACAUCUCCAAACGGAGAAAUGGGAAAAGCUUUUGGAUACAAUGGAUGAAAAGUUAGACAAACACGAAUCAAGACUCCAGGAAAAUGUUGACAAUAUUAAGGAAUGGAUCGAUGAGCUUAGUCUUAAAGUAGAUGAAUAUCAAAAAUCACUAUAG